GAUUGCAGAAAGAAGUGUAGCAACGUAUUUCAAUUUGUGUGGCAGCGUUUGCAAUCGUUAUUUGCAAACAACUUCAGUAACUCAUAAAUGCAUCGCCAAGCAAGCGAAACGCACAAUCGCAUGAAAUUCUAAUAGGACAAUAGCGUCAGUGCAAGAAAAGGCACUGGCACGGGCCUUUUUUUUGGCGCAGUGCUGCGGGAUAUGACGGCGCGGGCACAUCAGGAUGAGCGCAUCUGCUCGGGGGGUAUGGUCGAGGACGAAGCAAUUGCCGCCACCUACCACAAUUUGCCACCACACAGUCCGGACUAUGCCAAUUUUCUGGCACAUCAGCAACAGCAACAACAACAACAGCAGCAGCAACAACAACAGCAACAACAACAACAACAACAACAUUUGUUGCAUCAACAGCAACAGGGCCAGGCGCAGGGGCCCUUGAUGUGGCCGCCACACAUGGGUGUACAAUUUCCCCCACAUCACCCCCACCCACCACAUCAUCAUCAGCCACCUAUGAUACCACAACCACAGCAAGCUCCAUCUGCACACGUCUAUAAUGAAUAUCUGUACAACUUGGCAUACUCCGGACCACCUGGUCAAACCGAAACGUACUCCGUGUUGCCUGUUGGGCAUGGCAAUUUUCUUAAGGUUUAUCACUGUCCAGAGAAUGCCGUCAACGAUGUUUACGCUCAGCAAGCGGCGGCCAAUUUCUCGCAUAUCAACAUGGCACCAAUGAACCAGCAUCAACAUCACCAAGUUGCGGCCACGGCUGCACAGAACCAGGCACAGGCGCAGCCGUCAGCUGCGCAGCAGACGCCACUUUAUGAAUUGUUUGCCACCAAUCCGUUACUGCCAAAGCCCGAGAUGAAUAUUGUAAUCCAACAGCAACAGCAACAACAGCAACAGCAACAACAGCAACAACAGCAGCAACAACAGCAGCAACAGCAACAACAGCAGCAACAGCAACAACAACAGCAGACACCACAAUUCCAUCAGGUUGAUGAUGUUCCCGCGGCAGUCUCUACGGCUGUUGCACCGAGCAAUAGCGCUAAUUUGUUUAUCAAUAAUCUUGUAAAUAACUGGUCGCCAAAUCUAACGGGUAGCAGUUAUAUACAGUUUGGUGGCGAGCCACCCGAAAAUGCUAAUGCAUAUGUUGAAUCCACGCCCAUAGAAUCGACAAAAUCGCCAACACAGCCGACUUCACCUGUGAAGUUACAGCAGCUGCAGCCCAUAGCUGAGUAUCAUGCUAAGGUCGUUCCGCCCAAAAGCGUGGAAAUAGCUCCUGGUAGCUCUGGCAACAAAGAAGUCAACCCGAAUCCAACUUUAAGCACUACAACAACAAUUACAAGUGCGGCAGCAGCAGCAGCUGCAGCAGCAGCAACAGCAACCGCAACACCCGCUGCCCUGAAGAAAGCGACAAUAGUCGUGCCAGGCUUGAACGAGGGCAAAAGACGCAUUGUAGCCGAAGUAAAACCCAUGCCCAUGUCCUAUUCAGAUGUUUUGAGCAAGGGCAGCACAUUGCGUAGCUCGGGCACAAUGCUUGCCAGGAGCAAUGCGGGUAUUGAAGCGCGUUCAGUCAACAACUUGGAGAAUGGGCAUCCAACGCAGCGACGAGGAGGCAAGGAAGAUGGCAAUGGCAACGGUAACCGGGAGCUGCGCAAUAAUUCCAAGCGCUCGCCAUUACACGAAAUCAAGGAUGGGUCCGGCAAUGCUACAGGACAUCGCAGCAAGAGGCGUCAGGGAGCACAGCAAAAACCACAACAAGCGCAACAACAACAACAGCAACAACAACCACCGCCACAGCAACAGCAACAGUCGCAACCUGCGCUGAGGUCUGGUAAACCGAAUACCGAAAAGAAGCGUCCUGGCCAAAUGAAAUUUAUUAACAACACGAGCAGCAACAACCAAAGUGGAUUCAGCGCCAAAGCCAACGACAACAAGGCAACUAAUAACAACAGCGGCAACACCGUUAGUAGCAACAGCAGCUUACCCAGCAGCAGCAAUAACAAUUUAUCGAGCCGGAAGUCAAACAACGCCAGCAACAACAAUCGCAGCAGCAGCAUCAACAAUAGCGGCUCGCAUGCAAAUUUCUCGAACGCCAAUUCGAAUAAUUCCAAUAAUUCAUCUGGCUCGAGCAACAGCAACAGCCACCACAACAACAUCAGCAAUAGCAACAGCAACAACAAUGGCAAUUCCUCAUCAUCGAAACGCUAUUCCGGCUCAUCGAAUGCGAAUUUAAAUUCCAAUUCUAGCUCGUACUCGUAUUCCUCGAAGCGCAAUCGGGGUGGCGCAUAUGGGUCAUCCAAUUCGCCAGCGCAUGCGAGCGCCUCGAAUCGCAAUUAUGAGCUAGCCAAGCGCAUUCUGCACACCUGGUGGAUAUACACGCUCAAGCUGAUCACCUGGCUCUUCUAUUUGGUCUAUGAUAUUGUUGUGCUCGGUUGCAGCAUGGCGUACGAGCGGCUGACCACAGCGUAUGUAGCAGGCGUGGCUUAUGCACGCCAGCUGCACAAGGAACUGAAGCAGAAUUCCGGCAAGCCGAGCAUCUGGUGGCGCAACUAUUGGCGUCGCUUUGAUGCACGCUUUAGAAAAAAUUCACGUUGGGCAUUUUGGCGUCGCUUCUACAAGCGCAAGCCGCCUGAGGCCAGCGCGGAGGCAUUUAAAACUGGUCGCUUGCCACAGACUGGCGAAGAGGCCAUGUACUCGCUGCUAAACUGCAAGGGCAAGGAUGCCUACAGCAUAUUGGGCGUGCCGCCGGAUAGUCCACAGGAGCAAAUACGUAAACACUAUAAGAAAAUCGCCGUGCUGGUGCAUCCGGAUAAAAACAAGCAGGCCGGCGCCGAAGAGGCAUUCAAGGUGCUGCAGCGUGCAUUUGAAUUGAUUGGCGAACCGGAAAAUCGUCUUGCCUAUGACCAAAGCAUUGCCGAGGCAUUGCACGCGGAGAAGGCGUGGACGGAGCUGCACGAUUUGCUAUCGCAACUGCAAACCAAAAUGACCGAGGCGGCCAAUACUAUAAGAUGUAGCACAUGUGCGCAGCGCCAUCCUCGCAAGCUAACUGAACGUCCUCAUUAUGCGGCGCGCGAAUGCGCCUCCUGUAAGAUACGGCACUCGGCCAAGGAUGGCGACAUAUGGGCGGAGACGAGCAUGCUGGGUCUCCGCUGGAAAUAUUUGGCGUUAAUGGAUGGCAAGGUCUAUGACAUAACCGAAUGGGCCAACUGUCAGAAGGGUGCGCUCUCGCAUCUAGAGCCCAAUUCGCACAUGGUACAGUAUCGCAUUGUGCGCGGCGCUCAGCAGCAACAGCAGCAGCAGCAACAACAACAGCAGCAGCAGCAACAACAGCAGCAGCAGCAGCAGCAACAUCCACACCAGCAGCAACCACAGUCGCAUGCACAUCAUCCGGGCGGCCCAGCCAGUGGUGUCAGUGAGGCCACGUUGCAUGAGUUUCUGGAUAAUCUGUAUAGCGGGCAGCAUCCGGGCGCGUCCAAUGCCACGCCCUUCGCCGGUAAUGCACGUCGUCGCACUCGUCGCAACUGAAAUUGUUUUGUGGCAUAGACAUAAGUGUUUUUAAAAUCUCCAAUCUGCAGUUCAACACUAAUAAGCAUGGCGCCGUUGGCUGCUUACUCACGUAGAUAAACUCUAAUAGGCCAACAUCAGCGCAACCAUCUCCCGUUUUUCAAACACACACACACUUAACUAGACCACAAUCGAAACAGAUUCAGUUUUAUAAUAACACUUCUUUCCAUAAGUACAAUGACUACCAAUUGCUGUUAAUAAUUUUUAUUUUGAGAAUUUUUGUUUUUAAUGGUCUUGCAUAAGUCUAAGGGCAUUACGAUUGCCCAUCCAUCACUUAAGUAGUUGACAUCUGUGUUCUACAUUUUACUUUUUGCCUACUGCUUAGGGACAGCUUAACCCGCUUAGCUCAUAGCAAACAAGCCUAGUUUUAAGUUAAAAUUAUAGACCGCAGCCGGAUUGUACGCCACGCAGCACGGCGUAUAAUGCGGGAAUAUGUAAAAUCUAACACAUCCGAAUUAUAAAUGUUAAUAAAAAUCAUAUAGAGACCCUAA